AUGGACCCCACGCAUUGUCAGACAGCCCACCAAAUCCGCCUCCUCGGACGCCAAAACCACAUAACCAACACCUCGGGCUUAGCCCCAGGAUAUCUCCAAGCCAAUCUACUCAUUCUUCCCUCGAAGCACGCCGAGGAUUUCCACAACCUAUGUCUCCGCAACCCGGUCUCCUGCCCCUUACUGGGGCUCACCCCUAAGGGCAACCCCAACACUGUUUACCCGUCAUCCUGCAUCAAAUACGACGACUUCGACCUCCGAACGGACUGUCCCAAAUACCGUGUUUAUAAAGAUGGCAAGUAUAUUGAGAGUCGUACCGAUCUCCUCAACCUCUGGACAGACGACUAUGUCGGUUUUCUAAUCGGAUGCUCUUUUUCCUUUGAAGAUGCCCUGGCUGACGUGGGCCUGAAACCGAGACACCAAGCCACGGGAACCAUUGUUGCCAUGUAUAAAACACGAAUUCCAUUGUUAGCAUCGGGAAUCUUCAAGAACGGGACUUGCAUUGUCUCGAUGAGACCCUAUCGGGUAGAAGAUGUAGAGAGGGUUCGGGAGAUCACCAGACCCUUCCUGGCCACACAUGGGGAGCCGGUCGACUGGGGAUGGGAUGCCCUUGAGCGGUUGGGGAUUAGCGAUAUUGAGAAGCCGGAUUUUGGAGAGAGACAGGCUUUUGAGGAGGGGGAAGUUCCAGUCUUUUGGGUGCGGUUCUCCUUUCUUCCCCUUCCAUUCUCCUUUAGCUAUGAAAUGACUUUGUUAAUUGUUCACCAGGCGUGUGGCGUCACACCGCAAAUGGCCGUGGAGUCAGCAGGAGACCGGAUCGAAGGGCUGGUAUUCGCGCAUGAGCCAGCCCAUAUGUUAGUUACGGACUUUACCGUCAAAGAUUUGGAAAGAUUGGGAAAGCCCCUUUAUAACUAA